AUGUUGCAGAUCCGGUUGGUGGUUGAGGAAGGUCUGAACCAACUGCCAUAUACAGAAUGCACCGUCACAACUCCUACGGGAUACAAGUAUGAGGGAGUAAAAUUUGAAAAAGGAAACUGUGGCGUGAGCAUUAUGAGGAGUGGUGAAGCCAUGGAACAGGGCCUGAGGGACUGCUGCCGCUCUAUCCGCAUUGGAAAAAUUUUAAUCCAAAGUGAUGAAGAAACACAACGUGCCAAAGUCUAUUAUGCAAAGUUUCCGCCAGACAUUUAUCGGAGGAAGGUUUUGUUAAUGUACCCUAUACUAAGCACUGGCAAUACGGUUAUUGAAGCAGUUAAAGUUCUGAUUGAACAUGGAGUCCAACCUAGCUGUAUUAUACUUCUCAGUCUCUUCUCCACCCCACAUGGUGCAAUGUCCAUCAUUCAAGAAUUUCCUGACAUAACCAUUUUAACCACUGAAGUCCACCCAGUGGCCCCUACACACUUUGGACAAAAGUAUUUUGGGACAGACUGA